GCCGCCCUUUAAGUGCCGGGGCCGGGCCGGGCCGCGCUGCCGGGAGGAGCCGCCCCAGCAUGGCCGGGACCCCGCAGCGCUUCGCCGCCCUCCUGCUGCUCUGCGGCUGCCUCUGCCCGCCCGCCCGCGCCGGCCUCCACUUCAGGGAGGGGCAGCGCUGCUACAGGCCGGCCCCGCGCAAGCCCCCCGGGCUCAGGACCUACCCCCGCCCGCACGAGUACCUGGACAUCUCUGCGCUACCCGCGAGCUGGGACUGGAGGAAUGUGAACGGCGUCAAUUACGCCAGCACCACCCGCAACCAGCACAUCCCCCAGUACUGCGGGUCCUGCUGGGCCCACGGUAGCACCAGUGCCCUGGCAGAUCGAAUCAACAUCAAGAGAAAAGGUGCAUGGCCUUCUGCCUACCUCUCUGUUCAGAACGUGAUCGACUGUGCCAACGCAGGAUCCUGUGAAGGUGGAGACCACUCAGGUGUUUGGAUGUAUGCCCACGACCAUGGCAUUCCAGAUGAGACCUGCAACAACUACCAAGCUAAGGAUCAAAAGUGUAAGAAGUUUAAUCAGUGUGGAACUUGUGUCACUUUUGGAGAAUGCCAUGUGAUAAAGAACUACACUCUCUGGAAAGUUGCUGACUAUGGGUCUGUCAGUGGAAGAGAAAAGAUGAUGGCAGAAAUCUAUACUAAUGGACCCAUUAGCUGUGGUAUAAUGGCUACUGAAAAGCUGGAUGCUUACACUGGAGGACUUUAUAUGGAGCACAACAGCUCGCCUGUGGUGAAUCACAUUGUAUCUGUGGCUGGUUGGGGAGUAGAAAAUGGAACAGAAUACUGGAUUGUUCGUAACUCAUGGGGUGAACCCUGGGGUGAAAGAGGGUGGCUGAGAAUUGUGACAAGUGCAUAUAAAGGUGGAAGAGGAGCUGAGUACAAUCUCGCUAUUGAAGAAGACUGUGCCUAUGGAGAUGUUGUACUUCCUUGAUUCUGUGUUGUACAUCUUUCUGUUUAGGAACUACUUUGUUUGGAAAGCACAACCUUUUCCUUUUUAAAGAACAAUAGUCUAAAACUCUUCCACAGUUCAACACCACCUGGCAAUAAUGCAAAACUAGCCCAGAUAACACGUCUUCAAAGUAAAAUAAAUACAGAUAUGGCUUUACAGAUAAUUAUUUACAACUUUAAAAAAGUAAUUUAUGCUAUGAAAAAGUUCCUUGCCUUAAUGCACAGUUUUUAAAUCACACUGACUUAAUCACAGAAACUGUCUUUGUAAAUCUCUUUUUAAAAAUACAGAUUAUAUAGGGGGGAAGGAAAAAGUACUCAAUAUUUGGGUUGAGAGCUUAUAUUAAAUUGUCUGACAGUAUAUAGCAAAUAUUAUUCACAAGGAUGCAAGUGAAAAAACAACACUAAGUCUGGACAUGACAUAUUAAAAACUUAAAUCCCCUAUUUUUUCUUUGAUCUCCUGGUGAACUAGUGUUGUUGGAAGUCUCAUAAUGCAGUUGCUUUUAACCAACCAAAACACUGUAACAGGAACUGCUUUGAUCAAAUAAAAAGCUGAAACAGUUAUUUAAUUAGUCUUGGCUUGGCUUCAAUACCUUGCUCUAAUAUAUGAUUAGCUGUGCCAUUUUUCUCCUGAAGAGGCAAAGUAUAAAUUGCAAAAGCCCCAAACUCUUCCCUAAUUUCAAUUAGGGUAGCAAAUUCUCUUCCAUAAAACAGAGCCAUUUACUAAGUGGCAAAUCAGUGCCAUAACAGAUGUUACUAACUGGCAUUGUUAAUUGCAUUUAAUAAACAGACUUUUUCUCUUACACAA